UAUAACUAGAUGGCGUGAGAUAAAUUGUUUUUGAUACACAAAGUAUGGUCGUGUGAUAUUCUGUAAUUUUGUUGUAAUGAUUAAAAUAUUAAAAUAUUGUUAAAAUAUUGUUAAAUUUUAUAUAUUAAUUUAAUAUGGCUCCUACUAUUCAAACUAAUGGUAAUGCAGCUGAACGGGAUAAACGAACAGCUAGACCAGCAGAAAAAAGAUCUGAAUUAAUAUGUAGAGUUAAAUAUUGCAAUACAUUACCUGAUAUACCAUUUGAUCCUAAGUUUAUUACAUAUCCUUUUGAAUCUACUCGGUUUAUUCAAUAUAAUCCAACUUCACUGGAACGUAAUUAUAAAUAUGAAGUAUUGACAGAACAUGAUUUAGGUGUAGAAAUUGAUCUUAUAAACAAAGAUACAUAUGCUGGAGAUGUAAAUUCUCAAUUAGAUCCUGCUGAUGAAAAACUUUUAGAAGAAGAUGUUCUUACUCCACAAGAUUCAAAAAGAUCAAGACAUCAUGCCAGAAGUGUAUCUUGGCUCAGACGUACUGAAUAUAUUUCUACAGAACAAACUAGAUUUCAACCACAAACUGUCGAUAAAGUUGAAGCUAAAGUUGGUUAUAGUAUUAAGAAAAAUUUAAAAGAAGAAACAUUAUAUAUGGAUCGUGAAAGUCAAAUAAAAGCUAUAGAAAAAACAUUUGAGGAUAAUAAAAAGCCAAUUGAAAGGCAUUAUAGUAAACCAAAUGUAGUACCUGUAGAAAUUUUACCAGUAUUUCCAGAUUUUAAGCUUUGGAAAUAUCCUUGUGCUCAAGUCAUAUUUGAUUCAGAUCCAGCUCCAACUGGACGUUCUGUACCAGCUCAAAUUGAAGAAAUGUCACAAGCUAUGAUCCGUGGUGUUAUGGAUGAAAGUGGAGAACAAUUUGUAGCAUAUUUCUUACCUUUGGAAGAAACAUUAGAAAAACGUAGGAGAGAUUUUACAGCAGGUAUUGAUUAUGCAGAUGAUGAAGAAUAUGAAUAUAAAAUGGCAAGAGAAUAUAAUUGGAAUGUUAAGAGUAAAGCUUCCAAAGGAUAUGAAGAAAAUUAUUUUCUUGUCAUAAGACAAGAUGGAGUAUAUUAUAAUGAAUUGGAAACGCGAGUACGACUUAGUAAACGUCGACAAAAAGUUGGACAACAACCAAAUAACACAAGGUUAAUAGUAAGACAUCGACCACUUAAUGCUAAUGAAUUUAAAAUGCAAAGAUAUAGAGAAAAACAACUAGAACCACCAGGAGAAGAAGAUGAAGAUGAAGAAGAAGAGGAGGAGGAAGAAGAAGAAGAAGAACCUCAACAAGAAACUGAAAAAGCAGAAGAAGAAAGAGUAUCUGAAAAUGAAGCUGAAUCCAGAGCAUCGUCAAGAGCAUCUUCUCGCGCAUCUAGUAGAAAAUCUCGUUCUCGUUCAAAAUCUGGUUCUAGAUCAAAAUCUCGUUCUAUAUCACGAUCAAAAUCAAGAUCUGCUUCUCGUUCACGUUCUGAAUCUCAAUCACCUUCCAGAUCGCAUAGCAAAUCAAGGUCAAGAUCUGGUACUCCUCAAUCCAGAAAUUCUUCCAAAUCAAGGUCACGAUCAAAAUCAGCUUCAAGAUCUCGUUCUGGAUCUCCAGUUAAAUCUCGAUCUGGAUCUCCAUCAAGUUCAAAAUCUAGAUCCAAGUCAAGAUCUCCUUCACGAUCAAGAUCAGCCAGUGCCAGUGGUAGUGAAUCUGGUAGUGGCAGUGCUAGUGAAUCUGGCAGUGGUAGUGGAGAAAGUGGUUCUGAGAGUGAAUAAAUAAUAAAAAAACUUUCGACCAUUAUAUAUAUACUGAUUGUCCUAAAUGUAAAGUACAAUACAAUGAAAAAUUUUUAAUAAUAAAAAAUAUUCGAUAAAGAAA